CGAUCGGCGCCGGCCCCCGCCUCACGCGGCUCCCCGCCGACCCCUCUCCCCCCUCAGAGCCGUCCCGGCUGGAGCGUGUCUGGAGGAAUCCGCCGCCGCGAGGCCCCCGCGCCCCGGUGGUGCUCGUUCUUGAGGACCGCCCCGCUCGCUGCCGGGGGCUGAGCGGGUGCCGGCAGCCGGGCGGGAGAUGGUGGGGUGGGCUCCCGUAGGACCGCGCCGCCGCCGCCGCCCGGAGCCUGGCUUCGGCACCCCCGCGCCGGCCCCCGCCGAGCGGAGCUCUGCUUCCUCCUCGCCGCAUCUCUGAGGGCAGCGCCGCCUGUGCUCCGGCUUCGCCGCCGCCCGCCCGCCCGCCCGCCCGCGCCUGGCUGGCCGGACCCCGCUGCUCGCCGCUCCGUGGCGGGAGCAGCCGCUCUCCAGGCGCCCUUUGCAGCCCCCCUUCCUUUUCUCCCCUCCGCACACCUCCCCGGCCUCCUCGGACCUCCUGGCUGGGCGCUGCGGCGAGGGACGAGGCUGGGGUCGCCACGGCGGAGGUCGUUGCCGCCACCCCCCUGCGGGGGCGGCCGGGGUUCCCGGCUGGGGGGGCCCCGCUCCGGGUGAGGCGUCCACCAUGGUGAGGCCCCUGAGCUGCUGCCCGCGCGCCCCCCCGGCCGUCGCUGCCUCCGGUCCCUCGGUGCUCCUGCUGCUCCUCCUGCUGUUGCGCCUCCAUCUCCAGAUCGGAACACGGUGAGGGAAAGAUGAGCGAGGAGACGGCGACUUCUGACAACGAUAAUAGUUAUGCACGAGUGCGAGCUGUGGUGAUGACCCGGGAUGACUCCAGUGGCGGAUGGCUGCCCCUCGGAGGUAGUGGACUGAGCUGCGUCACUGUCUGCAGAGCCUCCCACCAGGAAGAGGAUGGCUGCUCUGACUUUCUUAUCCGUGGAGAGCGGCUCAGGGACAAAAUGGUGGUUUUGGAAUGUAUGCUUAAAAAGGACCUCAUUUACAAUAAGGUCACUCCAACAUUUCACCACUGGAAGAUUGAAGACAAGAAAUUUGGCCUUACCUUUCAAAGUCCUGCUGAUGCUAGGGCUUUUGAUAGAGGUAUUCGAAGAGCUAUAGAGGAUAUUUCUCAAGGAUGCCCAGCAUUAAAAAAUGAAACUGAAGGAGCAGAUGAUGACUUACAAGCAACUGCUGAAGAGAAUAUUCCCAGUUCUCGAGUGAAAGAUCAUCUUUUCCAGCAAGAGACCGUUGUUACCAGUGAGCCUUAUAGAAGCUCAAGACCUUCUCCCUUUGAAGAUCUGAAUGCCAGAAGAGUCUACUUGCAAAGCCAAGCCAGUCAGAUAACGUUCACUCAUCCAAGCCUAGACAUUCAGGGCAGAAGCAUAGAAUAUGCACAGCGACAAAUAUCCAAGGAAUGUGGAGGCCUAAAGUCCCAAAAUAAGGUCCCUCGACACGUCAGCUUUCAAGAUGAGGAUGAGAUUGUCAGAAUAAACCCUCGAGAUAUCUUAAUCCGUCGCUAUGCGGACUACAGGCAUCCUGACAUGUGGAAAAAUGACUUGGAGAGAGAUGAUACUGACUCCAAUAUUCAGUUUUCUAAACCAGACAGUAAAAAAUCAGACUACCUGUACUCUUGUGGGGAUGAGACUAAGUUAAGUUCAUUCAAAGACUCUGUGGUAUUUAAGACACAGCCUUCCUCAUUAAAAUUUAAGAAGUCAAAACGAAGAAAAGAAGAUGGUGAGCGUUCUCGCUGCGUAUACUGCCAGGAAAGGUUUAAUCAUGAAGAAAACGGCAGGGGGAAGUGCCAGGAUGCUCCAGACCCUAUUAAAAGAUGCAUCUAUCAAGUUAGUUGCAUGCUCUGUGCCGAGAGCAUGCUGUAUCAUUGUAUGUCAGACUCAGAGGGAGACUUUUCUGAUCCCUGUUCAUGUGACACUAGCGAUGACAAGUUCUGCCUACGAUGGUUAGCCCUGGUAGCUCUUUCUUUCAUUGUACCAUGUAUGUGCUGCUACGUCCCUUUGAGAAUGUGCCAUCGUUGUGGGGAGGCAUGUGGGUGUUGUGGUGGGAAACAUAAGGCUGCUGGAUGAAAAGGAUCUAGGGCCAAAAUGAGUUUAAAAUCUUUGUUUCCAGGCACUAGCUAACUUGGAUUUGCAGAAGCUUUCGGCAAGCAACAUGAAAUCUUGCCUGGUGUCAUAGGGGCCACGCGUGGAGGAAGCAGCACUCGUCAGUUCUUGGCAUUUCACAAAUGCCAGCCAUGCCUAACUUUUCCCUUGAGUGCAUGGCACGUUUUGUUACAGGUUGUAAAGUGUAUUUGCAAAAGGAAACCAUUUCUGGUUAUUGGCUAUAAAAAGGGAUCAUAAAAUAUGAUCUGACUAAAAGGGAUUAAUUUUUGGCAUUUUUGUAUAUUUAUGCAUUAGGUGAUGGGACUUUUAAAGGUUUGAAUUCAUUAGGACAUGAACUAAAAGUGCACUAGGGAACAGCUGAUUUCAAUCUAAGAAAAGUUAACACUUGGAAAUUAUAAGAAGUUAAACAAGUGCACCUAAAUCAUUUAUUGUUUUUUGAAAGCAGUUUUAUGUAUAAAUAACAAAUGUUUAUAUUUAACUAAAUACAAGGUACGAAUUAUGACAUUAAACUUUUCUUCCCCUUCCUAGUUCUGAAGUAGAUGUACAUAUAUCUACGGUCACAUUCCAUUAUAUUUUGCAUAUUUUACUCAUCUAAUUAAUAUAACAUUUUUAUUCCAUGUGAAUGAUUUGAUAUUUCCAUCUUUGUUUCCUGUUGGCUACGGUUUAUGUUGAGUUCUAUCUGUACAUUCUGGUAAUCUAAAAUUCUUUAAAAUAUUCUAAUAGCCUUGAGUGACCAACUUUUUUUUAAAGCACAGAUAUAAUCGUCUAAUGUUCUGAUGGGAACGUAACACUUAUUUUUAUAUAAAAAGAGAUUGUGUAAACAUAGAAAAAAAAGAGGUUUUGGGGGUUGUUGUUUUGUUUUUUGUGGUAUUCAACCAGCAAGUUGUUUUCUUUCAGAGUUUCCUCCUUCAAAAAAUUAUAUUGCAUUUACAAAUAUGUCACAAGACAAAGAAGUGUAACUGGAUGGUUAGUGUAAAAGUUUCCUCCUAAGAUCUCCGUUUAUCAUUCUGCUAACCCAGAAUUCGUUCAGCUGUGUUACUAAUUUUUUUAGCUUAAUCCUCAGUGCUCAUUAUUCACAUAAUACCAGUAGCUUUUUUCAGUUGCAUUUUAUUUUAUUUAAACCAGCCAAAAGCAAAAUUAUUUUAUGUUAAAGUAUGUGCUAAACUAUCCCAGGAAAGUAUUUAAUCCAACAUUGUGAAUGAAAUACUUUGUACAUAAAAAUUUAUUUCUUUUGCAGAGCAUUGUAUCACUGGAUGUUUUAUUUACAAAGUAGUUGGAUAAGCGUUCCAACAAAUUAUUUAAAGUACUUUGGGAUCAAAUUGUCUUCUUUUUUUUUUUUAACUGUUACAUUUAAACUCUAAUCAAGUAAGGGUUCUUUAAGAACAUUCCCUUAGAGGGAUCAAGUUGAGAAGCGUGCCUUUCUUUUUAAUGGCUUGAAGUUUCAGAAGUGAUAAACAUUAAAAUCACACUACCAUUUGAAGCUCAUUUUCUAUGCACGUUUUUAAAUGUCAUUUAUGUUUCAUUCUUUUUACGUUCACACUUAAGCUUGUGUUAGCUGUCUUCUUUUGCCCCAGAUCAAACUGAACAAUGUAUAUAACACUAUCUGUCUGUAAAAUACUUUUUUUAAGAAAGCAUUUAUAUUUAUAUGACAGCUUGAACUGACAACAUUGUGUAUAUAGAUCAUCUUGAAGUAUUAUUUCACAUUGAAAAGAAGAAAAAUAUAUUGAUAACUAUAGAUGUUAUGAAGAAGAGGUUAUUUCUAGUUUUGUACUAAAAAUCAAUUGGAUGAACUAAAUCCAAACGUGACACUGUCGCAGCAGUUUUAAGUCUUAUUUUUACUGUUUAUAUAUUUGGACGCUGUUGCACCAGAUGAUCUUCAUCCCUGAAGUUUUCAGCUAAACUCGGUUACCUAGAAUAGACUGUUAACUUUCAAAAUUACUUCUUACUGAUGGAAUGGAAAUAUUGAUUUUCCUUAUGAAUAAAUUUUCAUAUUUGUAAGUGUGGAGUUUAUAAUUCAGGUUUGAGCAAGGUGUGAAUAACUGAAGAAAAUAACUUGCUGGCUAUAUAGGAAAAUCUGUGGAAAUGGACUGUGUAUAUAUUUCUGGGGAGAACAAAUAUAAUCAUUUCUUCUGUUAAGCACUAAUCAGUAUAGUGCAACUCCUGGUUCUGUACUGUAUUUUAUAUGCAACAUAUAUGCUUUAAUAUUUUAAUGUUUGUGCAUUAAUAUUUUCAAAUUGUUUUAACCACUUUGCUGCUAAGAUUUUGCCGUCCCAUCCCCAUUUUUUUCCUUUACAAUUUUAAACAAGUUUCUUCAUUAAAAACGAUGGUGAUAAAAUGGUUUUAUUUCACCUUGGAUCUUUAUAGUUAACACACCCAGUUUCUAAAUUGGUCUAGAAAACUAGUAACAUGUUAUCUGAAUCCCUAUGUGGAAAGUUUCUCUUGAGUAAAUUAGAAUUCGUAUGUGAAAAAUAAAGGGUGGUUUAAAUUUCUUGCUCUAACGUGUAUAGGUAUGUUCAGGGACAUUUUCUCGUUCUGCAUACAGAUUUGGCACUGCACUGCCAGCUGGCUUUUCUAAAACCUUUCUCUGUUUUUAAUCUGGUAGUUUAAGCAAAUGGCUAAACAGAACUGCUUAUGUAAUAGUAAAUAUGGAAAAUGAAAUCAUCUAGAUGGCAUGACAAGAAAGACUUUGGUCUGAUGGUGUGUUGUGUUCAGACCUGAUAAUUCGGAAAUGAUUUUUCUCCUGCCUUGAAGGUGGGGGGCUAGUGAGGGAAUCUCUAGGUUUCUGAAGAAAUAAUGAGGUGUGGAACUUCAGCACCACCUACUGGAUGAUUUAUAGGCCAGAACCGUGAGGUAGCAAUUGGGGUCUGACAGGGUUCGUCACUAUUACCUGUAAAGGGCUAUUUGAGUGGUGGUCACGGCCAAGCGGAGAAAGCAGGAGUAAGAUCUAUAUCUCAGACUAUAAAAGGAAUAUUUUACCUAAUGUGUCUUGUUGGUUGCUGAAAGAUUUUAAGCACUUUUUCCUCAUAUAUCCUGAAUUAAAAUAUUUUAUUGAUAUUUGGAACUGGCAAUCAAUUUUAAUUAAUGGAUGUGCCGAAGCAUUUAUAGAACCAAUUCUUUUAACUUUCUAAAGCCAUUACCAAAUGGUAUUCUUAUUUUUCCUCCCAUUGCUAGUCAGGGAGAAUUUUUAAAAAAAAUAAACAUCAAUUACAUUAAGACAACUUUAGAGGGAGUAUGUGUUUAUGUCUCUGGGAUGCUGGGGCAGGGGAAAACUUGAAAUUACCUAUUUUCAUUGGUUAUUCAGCAGUGCCUAAUAUGAACUUUUGAAGUAAUACAAAUGCACUUUUAAUUCUUGUUAUAGUGCCAUCUGAUAUCUUAGGUAAGUCUUGCUUUUUCUUUUAUUUUUCUUCCCCAUCCUCAACUCCAACCCCCAUUUAAUUGAACACCACAAAGAUGUUUCUUAAUAUCCAUACAAGUCUCCCAAAUACAGAAAAGUAUUUUCCUCUAUAUUUAAAGAAUCUGAAGGGUGUUUCUUAUAUUGAAAUUUGUUUUUAGUCUUGUGAUUACACUUUAGACUAUGUAUUUAAGAGUGGGUUUUUAAUUUUAGCCCAAAGAUGCAUUAAGCAAGUGUAACAUUUUUCUAAAAACUUUGAAACCUUAGUUACCUGAAAAACAGAUUCUUCACUAAAUAUCUUGUUCUUAAUUUGACCUCCAGAAUUACAUUUCUAAGUAUAAGAGAAAUUACUGGAAACUUGCAUUGUUGUGUACUUAAACAUUUUUUGGUCUGUAAACCACCAUGAGAUAUUUUGCAGGAAAUCAAAACAAAAAAGAAAUCACAACCUGGAGUGAUUUAUAUAAACCAAAAACAAGGGCUUUAAGGUAUUAAGGUACUGUUUGCUAGCAGCCAGGUGGUUAUAAACCUUUCAUAUGCUUUGAUUCACUGAUGUUAGCCAUUGUUUCUGGAAGCUCCGUAAAUUGCAUAAGUUGCUAGUUUUGAAAAUUUUCAAAAAUAAUCUAGUCGAAAAUCUUAUGUAUUAAAGAUACACAUAGAUUUUUGUGAACAUUACCAGUAUGUAGUGUCAUUUGCUUUCUAUUCUUGACCUCAGAAGUGCCUCACUUGUAUAUUACUUCCAUUAAAAGCUUGACUGCAUUCUUUCUAAUAAGCAUUGAAGUAUUGUUUAACUCAUGUCAUAAUGUAUCUCCUUAGAUAUAGUUGACUAGCUUGGUAGUUUUGGGUAUAUAAUGUAAAUAUGCAUAUAUAAGUUUGUAACUGUUUUUGUUACAUCAUACCCAUGUAAUUGGACAUAUCAGAUGAUAUCAAAUAAUUUGUUUUCAUUACCUGAUUAAACCUAUCAUGAAAUAUAAAAA